AUGGGGAAGAAGCGAAUGGAUCGAGACCCUUCGUCACGUCAAGACCGUAGCCGUAAUAAAUACACUGAAGCCAUUACAUCUCGUGGAGAUGAAGAGAGUGAAUUAAACUACCGACGUCGUGCAUUUCCAGUGACGUUACGUAUGUGGGAUUUUCAACAAUGUGAUGCCAAGCGAUGUACCGGUCGAAAACUCUGUCGUUUGGGGUAUAUCAAGAGUAUGAAACCUGGUGCCCAUUUUCGAGGACUUGUGUUGUCUCCUGCAGGUGAACAAGCUGUUUCUCAUGCUGAUUUGGAUCUUGUAACAAGCUCAGGUAUCUCGGUAAUUGACUGUAGUUGGGCUAAAGUCCAAGAAUUGCCAUACAAACAGCUACGCUCGGGUGUUCACCGUCUUUUACCAUUUCUAGUUGCUGCUAAUUCGGUCAAUUAUGGACGUCCACAUAAAUUGUCAUGUGCUGAAGCAAUUGCAGCGACGCUGUAUAUUGUAGGACUUCAAGAUGAAGCAAUUCAAGUCAUGGACGAGUUCUCGUGGGGUGCUGAAUUUCUGAAAAUCAAUGCAGAUUGUUUACAAGCUUAUGCAGCUUGUACGAAUAGUGCAGAGGUGGUAGAAGCUCAGAAUGCCUAUUUAGCUGCAUGUCAGACCGAACAAAAGGAACGUCAGCAGCAUAUGGACUUGCCGAGUCUGGAGAGUGACGAAGAGGACGAAGAAGAAGAGGAAGUGGAGCUUGAUCGUUUCGGCAAUAUUAUACCUCGUGAAAAGUUGACAUCAGUGCAGACUGAGGAAAAGUCGUUUGAGCACGAUUCUUCCGACGAGCUCAAGCAGUCUGUCGAUAUGUCGUCCAUGCUGCCGUCUCGUGAACAAAGUGAACAAUUAGACUCCGAUGAAGAGAUUACCAGUUUGACAAAGAAUUUGCACCUUGCAGCAGACUCAAUCAAGAAAACGCAGCAAAUGCGUGAGAAAAUUCGAACUGCUCGUGGUUUGGACGGAGAUAAAGAGGUGUAUGCUUUUUCUUCCAUGGAAGAUGUCCAUCACCAACAAGUAGCGACGGUUUGUUUGGAACGCACAGCAGUGGCUGUCUCGGGUGAUGCAGUUUUGCAAUUACCAAAGUCUGUUUUCCAUCAGUGGGAACAAGAUGCUCGAAAGGCUUCGAUCCAGGAUCAUGUGGAGGCUGAAUAG